AUAAAUUAGCAGUAGAGUACUGGAAACGUUCCAAAUAUCAUCUUACUCCAUUCGCUUAGGAAUGUGGUCUAGAAACAAUUUAGAUAGACUUUCGUUGUAGUCUUUAAAAAAACGAGAAAAAAAGUCAUUCUAAAAACAAAAUAUUCAAUGUAACGUGAUGUAUUUACAAGCAAAAAACUAAAAAAAAAUAGUCAGUUCGUUCGACGAGGCUACGCAACAAACAUAACAAAGGCAGUUACGCGCAACACGUAGGUACGAUUUACCAUUCACUUACCGUUACCUUUGCAUAAAUAUCACUUAUUUGCUAAUUCUCUAGGAUCAUAGAGUUCCUAUUUAGUACAAAUUAUUAUCAGGUUCAAACGUGAAUACGCAGCGGCACGCUGUCCGACUUGUUCUCCGCUUCUAAAUUGUGUUUUAUGGUGUCCAACGUGUUGUAAAUGGUUCUGAACGCUGGUCGGUCCGAUGGUCUCCUGUUCCAGCACAGUUUCAUUAAAUCAUAGAUCGCCGAGGGUGUGUGCUCCGGACAUUGAAGUACGUUUCCUUCCUUAAUAUACUUUACAACUUCCUCGUGGGUCAUCCCAUAGUAAGGCUGAAGAGCGAAACUAAAUAUCUCCCAUAAGCACACCGCAAACGCCCAUACGUCGGACUCGACGGUGUAUUUGUUGUACAAUAUGCUCUCUAGAGGCAUCCAUCUGACGGGGAUCGCAUCCUGCUCGUCCCCUUUGUAGUAAUCCUGCAGAUAAAUUUUCUGUGACAGCCCGAAGUCGGCAAUCUUCACGAUCAUUUGGUCGUUGAUCAAACAGUUGCGCGUGGCGAGAUCCCUAUGAACGAACUUCCGGUCGGACAGGUACACCAUACCGGAAGCUACUUGCAGCGCGAUGUUGAUCAAGUCCAUGUGCGACAGACGCGAGUCCGUGAAAUGUUCGUCCCUUUCCAAGCUUCGGAUAAUGUAAUUACCGGGUGAACAGGACCGCAAGAACUCGUUUAGGUCACCACGUCCCAUGUACUCGAACAGCAAGCACAUUGGCCGUCCUAGCGCACAAACGCCCAGCAAUUUCACAAUGUUAGGGUGAUCGAAUUCAGCUAAAAGACAAGCCUCGCGCUCGAAAUCCUUUAGCAGGUCCUCCGAUGCCUCAUCCUUGAGCAUCUUGACAGCAACGUUUGUGAACUCCUCGCCUGGGACCAACCCGGGUGCCUUCGCCUGGAAUACUCUGCCGAAAGCACCUUGGCCUAAGUCUCGCUCAUAGAUAACAUUGUUCCUUGGGAAUUCCAGCUUCUCUAGUUUCGGAUUCAGCUGGGCACUUGUCUUGUGAUACGCGUUGUUGCUCGGCAGUUUGUCCAGAUCGAUGGUUAUAUACUGAAAAUAAUGUGGCAUUACAGACUUUGAUAAUAAUAGUUUUCCUAGAUUACCCAAAAAUUUAAGGCUGAUAACUGAAAGAACUAGUGAUAGAUUAAGUCCAGACCCAGCAAAAUUUUUCUGGACAACUUGCACAAGUACAUAAUUUUUAAUUCUGCAUUAUUUUAGAGUCAAGCAGAUUUAGUGUACCUGGUUAUUUGUUGGGUUGUAUCCUUGGUGUCGUUUGUGAAGCCUGUGACUCAAAACAAUCGACAAUACGGUUCCGACUAUAAUUACAAAUCCCAAUGAGGACAGUAUUAGUAUAAACAUUGGGGUAAACAGUGUAGUCAUUGUUAAGUCUUUUGGGUCGACAUCCAGUACUUUACUAGUUACUUUAUCUAAAUAAUAGACAAAAAAAGAAACAGACCAUGAAUAUAGACAAUUCAAACGGAUAACUCGUUAAAUAUUAAUAACGUACCGCAUAUAGGAAUAUCACAAUGUUGCCACCGUCUUGCAGGAUCCAUGGUGAAGCACCAUGGCAUUGGUUCCUCUCCACCGGCAUUUCUACAGUAGUUCUCGCCGUCACGAAUUUGUGGGAAGACGUCCGGUGGUCUGUCGUGAUUAUGGGGUAUUUGUGCACUCCAUGCCUGACAGUCUAAACCAAACUUUGUCGUAUUUACUUUGCCCAUAUAAAACCUGCCAUUGCCCUUGACACAAUCAUCUGAAACAAUAAGUAAGUAAAAGAAAGCACAUAUCAAAUUGAAAAAGAAUUUUCUUUAAAGUCUGCAUUACAUGUAACAAGCUCUUCGUUCAUAUCAGUCAAAUGAAUGUGCGAACAAGUGACUUUCCCUUUGACUACUUUUGGCAGUGAUUCGCAUUCUGGAAGUGUAAAAUGUCCCCUUGAUCUGAUAUAAAUCUUCCUUUGCUUGUUGUCUUCUAUCAUUGCCCAAUCGUUAAAGCAGAACUGAUGACGUACUGCCAUGCAAUCUUCGUAACAUAAUGGCAGCCCAACCGAGUUGUGGCAUUGCGGAAAGGCAUACAUGCACAGCAUUUUCUGAAAGAAUAACAUUGUUAGUAAAAAAAUCUGGUUGCUAUUUAAGAAACUGGCUACCUCUGCGGCAGAACGACAUGGUUCUUGAAGCUUCUCUAUCAACUCCUUCCACAAAUUUGUGGUAAUCUGUUCAUUCAGGAAUCCUCCAGGAUUAAUGUUGGAGUCGUUGAACCAUACUUUCCCGAUACCAUCUAGAUACUUUUUGCAGAUCUUUCCCCUAUAGGGGAGACAAUAACCAUCGGAUUCUGGUUCUGUGAAACAAGUAAAUACAAAUAGAAAAUUCUCUCUUUUAUGGUACACAGUAUUUAUGAAUACGUACUGGUCUGAGCGGAACUGAAAUGCAAAAUGAUUGCUAUCAGAGAAAAGAUCCAGAACACCAUUAUUUAAACGUGUUGCGUCGAAGUAAGGCCAACAAGAAAAUAUCACAUGUUUAAAGUGAGAGAUCGCUGCAUAAGAAAGCACGCCAACACCGAUGCCCGUUUAAUUUACAUUGAAUUGCAUCGGAUCCGUAGUGUAAGUUAAAUAUCUUUUGAUGUAGAACCGAUUGUUACGCUCCAUUCUACACGGAUGAUCACGCAAAGUCUUAUUUGACAAUCGCCAAAUGAAUAUUACAAUUAUCGAUUGUAAUUUUUCAAACUGUUUUCAAUGGGGCCCAGCACGAUAACUCAACAAAAAUAAUGUCAAUGGGGGUAACGAUGAUUUGGGACACACGUCGUUGCACGGUAACAAUCAUCCGAGCUAGCCUAAGAAAAAUUCUUCUUCCUUAUCACGCGUAUGAUAAACCAGUACACGGCCGAGCAUUCCGUUUUAUUUACAAUGCCGAUACGCGACGAACAAACGGCAAAUUUGCUCGUUUUGUAACGAGCCUGAGUGGCUGCUAAUCUGAGGGAAAUUUGGAACUAGGCCAACGCGUGCGUGGCGUGAGUGGAUCGAAAGGGAAAAUGCGCGGGAACGAAUCUCCACCGGUUAAUUGAAUUUUGAGUUUAGUUUCACAGUAGUUCCAGAUAGUUCCAGAGCUGACGAAAAAACAUGCACGCUUUUUUAAAAACUGGAAAAUUGGGAGCUGGAGAGUCGAGAAAGCCUUCGACCUCUAGUGCGAAAGAACGUGGUCCUGCGCCGCCAUGGGUUGAGAAAUACCGCCCCAGAACCGUUGAAGACGUAGUCGAACAAGGUGAAGUGGUUGAGGUAUUGAAACAAUGUAUGAAAGGUAGUGAUUUUCCAAAUCUGCUAUUUUAUGGUCCUCCUGGUACUGGUAAAACGAGUACUAUAUUGGCUGCAGCCAGACAGUUAUUUGGCAGCCUUUACAAACAGAGAAUAUUAGAAUUAAAUGCCUCCGACGAAAGAGGUAUCCAAGUUGUUAGAGAUAAGAUAAAGACCUUCGCUCAGCUUACCGCGGGUGGCACGAGGGAGGAUGGCAAAAAAUGUCCACCUUUUAAAAUUAUUAUCCUGGAUGAAGCAGACAGUAUGACCAGUGCGGCGCAAGCUGCUCUUCGUCGUACUAUGGAGAAAGAAUCGCACAGUACACGUUUCUGUUUGAUUUGCAAUUAUGUCUCAAGAAUCAUAGAACCAUUGACUUCUCGUUGUACAAAGUUCAGAUUUAAGCCUCUCGGAGAAAACAAAAUUAUUGAGAGAUUAGAAUAUAUUUGUGACAAGGAGGAUAUAAAAGCAGAAAAACCUGUUCUAUUGAAAAUUGUGGAAGCUUCAGGAGGAGAUCUGAGACGUGCUAUAACGUGUCUGCAGUCUAUUACAAGAUUAAAGGGCAAAGGCAUCGAAAUUACGAUCGACGAUGUCCUCGAAAUUAUCGGGAUUGUUCCUGAUAAAUGGUUGGAAGAAUUGUUAGAUGUGUGUAGAACAAAGGACUAUAGCAAGGCUGAAGCUUUUGUGGAUAACUUUAUGUUGGAAGCAUAUGCCACGUCACAAGUAAUUGAGCAACUAAGUGAAAAAAUUAUAUACUCCAAUGAACUAUCAGAUAAACAGAAAGCUUUGAUAGCUGAUCGGCUUGGAGAAUGCAACUACAGACUGUUGGACGGUGGGAGCGAGUAUAUACAGUUCAUAAAUCUUUGUUGUGGCAUCAUACAAGCUUACGAAUUAAAAUAAGGAGUAAUUUACUUAAUAUUAUACAUUGUUAUAUUCUUUUUUAUAAUAAAUAUUUAUUGUUUUUAUAGAAA